GUUGAAUGUUUGUUAUUCAUUUUACUUUUGCAUCUCCAUUAGCAUCGAAUAAAAUCUCGACAAUAAUACAAAUUAUUUUCAUUCUGAAAAUAGAGAUUCGCUUUGUUCUAACGUUUAGAUAAAAAUUGGUAUCUACCCGCUAUCGAUUCGUUGUGUUAUGUAGAAGAUUGUUGGGAGUGAUUAGAUUAUUAGUCAUUGUUUGAAAUCGGACACCAAAUUUCGAGCUUGUGUUUUUGCUUAUGUUCGUAAUUAUUGUGCUUCAAAAGUGUUGACUGCGAAGUGUUUCGACCUUGAAAUUGUAAAAGUGAGAUCCAAUCAGUUGACUCACAGCUAUAAUCAAACAACACGAUACUGGUGACAAUAACCGCAAAAAUCCUGCCAAGAUGCAAAGUGACGAAAUAUUGGCGCAUCUGACUGAUAUGUUUGGCGAUUACAUCGACCAGCAUCGAAUUCAGACGACGGUGCAGCGAUAUAACAACGAUCUGGAAGAAUGCAUCGAAGCGCUUCUCAACCAUCAGGAAACCAGUGAAACCAAAGACCAACUGUGCAGAGUAGAAAAAGAUUUGCUGAUUAUGCCUGCCUCGGAACCAAAACCAACUGUCUCGACCGGUGCCAUAAAAAAGACGGUACUCCAAACAGCAAAAGCAUCAGAGCCACAUAGUUUUGCGUCAUUUAUUCAAAAAAACAAUCAAGGUUUUGGCGGUGCCUCACAACCACAACGUGCCUCUAAAAAUGCCGGUCGUCGAAACGAUCUAUGGCCACCGAAUUUUGAGUCCACAGUGGAAAUAAUCAAUAAAGGCUACCGGGUUAUGGUGCUGAUGCGCGGUGCUCCCGGUUCAGGCAAAUCGCAUCUUUCGCGAGCUCUGAUCGAUAAGACAGUCGGAAAUGGUGACUAUCGAAAUCACAUUUUCAGUGCGGAUGACUAUUUUCUAGUCAACGGGGUGUACCGGUAUCAAUCGGACAGAAUCGAGGAUGCCCAUCGGUUCAAUCAGAACAAUGUCCAGGCAAAAGCCCGAGACGGAUGGAGUCCGAUCGUGGUGGACAAUACCAACAUAAAGCUGUGGGAGAUGUACGCGUACGUACAGAUGGCGGCGGAGCAUGGGUACUAUUUGGAAGUGAUGGAACCGGUUACCCAUUGGAAGAACAACGCGAAGGGACUGUCAGCUAAGACCGUACACGGGGUGCCGGAGUACAAGAUUAAGAUUAUUCUGGGAAACUACGAAAAGUUGAAGGAUGUGACGGAGCUGUACACUCUGUGCAAGCUGGAACACGCACUUUGUUUGCCUCCGAAGAAGAGGCAUUUUCCAAUCGUGAAGGAAGAUUUGCUGCAGAAGGAACCUGUCGUGGAAAUUGUCCAGUCGGAUACGGAAAACCAAGAUUGGACGACCGUCGAUUGGGAUGCUUCGAACGAUGGACCACCUUUACCUCACGACCCUAACAAUGGCUCCACCAGUCAAACGGACAGUCCCAUUCCGAAACCACCACGGCAAAACACUCCAAAACACGUGUUGGCUGCCUCUGCCAGCACCAGUGUUCCAACGUUCGAAAAUCCAAACACGAACCAAGUACUUGCCGUUCAAUCGAUCCCAUUAUCUGGCGAAAGUGAUAACCCCCAGUGGAAAUGGCCAUCGGAUACGGAAUCUAGCUGGAAACCGUACGACGAGGAAAGCGUAUCAUUCUGGCUGAAACCGGACUCUGGUGAGCAGAUUACGAAUUCGGUUCCGAGCCCUCCUAAAACUCCACGAGCAAAGCCCUCCGAGCAAAAUUCGAUUUCAGAUCGAACCUCAUUUCUGCUGGCGAAUGUGACGAUCCCUGUCGAAUGGCGUACACCGGAAAAUUCAACCGGUGUCACCCCGGUAAGGCAGAGUAACAAGAAAAAAUCCGAUGAGAGCAGAAUUGCUCUGGUGAAGCACCGGAGGGGCUGUCAGAACGAGAAUGCUAGUUUUUCGGAAAUUUGCAACCUUUACCCGCAAAUUCCAGCGCACUAUUUGUGGGAUUUGUUCGAGAAGUGCAACGGAGAUGGCGACUGGACUGCCAAUUUGCUAUUGGAGGAACAAAAGAUAUACGACUUUGAACAAGGCAAAGAAGGGUUAGAGACGGAAACCGACGGCGGUCAGUUUGACUGUAAUUGUAAUGAAACACAAGCUUUGCAAGUACCGUCUACAGGAGGUUAUGAAACGGAUCGAUCCACGGUGAGUUCCGGUUCGCCACGAAAUACUAUAAAAAAGAAAGAAAAACCAUUAUCGGGAGAUUUACAGCAAGCAAAGAAACAACUGGAAGCGUUCGUAGUUCUAGGGAAGGAACACUAUUCGGACCAUAUUCAGCAGAUUCGAGCCGCAAAAGGAAUCAUUAGUAAGGAGGAAGCCAAUCGCAAUUUUGCAGAGCCUGAAAUAACCUGCAUAGAGGAAGCUACCGAACCGGUUCCAGAAGUGUUGGAAGUAACGCUAGGGGUAGAUCUUGUGAAACAACUCCACGAAAUUUUUAAAGAUAAACAUGCCUUGAAAUCGGUUUCAAUCGAUGAACUAACUGCAGAACAGACAAAGGUGUUCGUGACCAACGAAAUGGCCGAACAGCUGUAUCUUUCCUUCAUGGACUCCGCUUACAGUCUAAGCGAAGAGAAGAAACUCAGCACAUUGAAGAAAGACGUUCACAUGGCUCAACAAUUUGAAGCUCGACAACGAUAUCCUGCCUUAUUCAUCGACAAUCCCUCGGAUACCCCUAAUCUAAACGACAUAAUCGAAAUGGAGCAUGCUCUGGCGGCAUAUCGGAACGAGAUCAAUGGCUGGAUUAAGCAUGUCCCCCAAGAUCUGGCAUCACAAAUGACCCGCCAGAAACUAGCUGAAAUGUUCCCCAGCGUAGAACACACCGUCCUGACCGAAAUCCUACACGCGCACGACAACAAAUUCCACGAUACGGUGAAGGUACUUAACAACUCGAUACCGGAAGAACUGCGCAACCAAAUUGCUCGCGAAAGAGAAGCUCUGCUAAAACGGGCAGAAAUUGAAAAACACAAACCACCUUCCCCACCGAUGGCAGUACCUGCCGAAAACCUAGCGGAACAGGACACGAACGGACGAAUCACCGGCGAGGACGCCAUCAACCUGCACUUGAGAACGGCAGAAGAGUGUCGCAAUUUGGCUCAGCAUCACCAGGAGCUGAAAAACGAAUGUCACGAGAAGGCACGUAACGCAAUCCAGCGGGGGAUGGCUGGAGUGGCGGAGUACUACGCCCAAAUAGCCCGAUUGCAUCGGACAAAGAUCGAUAUGUUCAACAGUAAGGCUUCGAAUGCGAUCAUGGAGGUGCACAAGCUGACGCUGAACAACGUUGACGUGCUGGAUUUGCAUUAUCUGCACUCGGAGGAAGCCCUCCGGUGUUUGGAGAUUUUCCUGGCCGAACAAGCUGGAAGGCUAAAGCAUCGACAGCAACAGUACAAGGAGCUGUUCAUCAUCACCGGUCGAGGGUUGCAUUCGGCUGACGGUAUUCCGAUUAUCAAACACCGAGUGAAGGCGAUGCUGCGUGAUUUAGGGUUAAGAUGUGUCGAACUGAAUCCAGGAUUUCUGAAGAUCAAACUGUACAACAACACCGACAUGCUGGAUCGACUCAUGGUAUCCAAUGGCUAGCGGAACCGGACCUCAACCCACAACCACCGUCAGUGCAUUGGAUUCGUGUAAGUUAUAUUUUAACGAGAAUGGGACAAUCAAAAACCUAUUUUAUGAUAAGCAUUUGAAUUGAUUGACAUAAAUAACCAAAAACCAAGAUUUCUUCCGCA